ACGACAUGCUGCUGUUGAUCUGGUUUUUGGGGAGCGAGGAUCAGAAUUGCACAGCAGUAUAUUUGGAGACGCUAGAAGUCGGAGGUUUGCAGCUCUUCCAUCGGGGCAUCAGCCCACUGAUUUUAGCCUUAUUAGAUAAGGGCUUUUACUAGACUUUUUCUCUCGUCGGUUACGUCAAAUCUAACCCAAAAACAUCAUGUCUAAUAAGAUUGAAAACCCAGAUAAAGGCAAAGAGCCUGAGAGCAGCUGGAAAGACGCGAUCUACAAUCCACGAACUGGAGAAUUCAUCGGUCGGACUGGUAAAAACUGGGGUCUCAUUCUUCUUUUUUACCUGGUCUUCUAUGGCUUCUUGGCUGCUAUGUUUGCCUUCACAAUGUGGGUUAUGCUUCAGAUGCUUAAUGACGAUGCACCAAAGUAUCGAGAUCGUGUUGCAUCCCCAGGGUUGGUUAUCAGGCCCAACUCUUUGAAUAUAGUUUUUAACAGGUCAAAUCCUCUUGAAUAUGGCCAGUAUGUCCAGCAUCUUGAAUCACUUCUGCAGCGGUAUAAUGAUUCAGAGCAGGCCAAAAAUGACUUGUGUAUGGCGGGUCAGUUCUCUGAACAGGAUGGUGAACCUCUGAAGAAAGUGUGUCAGUUCAGGAGGAGUGUCCUUCACCAGUGCUCUGGUAUGGAGGACACCACCUUUGGUUAUGCCGAGGGAAAGCCAUGUGUAAUUGUCAAAAUGAACAGAAUCAUCGGUCUUAAGCCAGCUGGAGAUCCAUACAUUAACUGCACAUCAAAGAGUGGGAAAUCUCUGCAGAUGCAGUACUUUCCCAAUGAAGGGACUAUUGAUAGGAUGUACUUCCCAUACUAUGGUAAAAAGUCACAUGAGGGUUAUGUUCAGCCUCUGGUGGCGGUAAAGCUGAUGCUUAAUAAGGAAGACUUCAACACUGACCUCUUUGUAGAGUGCAAGGUUGAAGGAUCUAACCUUAAGAAUAACGACGAGCGGGACAAGUUUCUCGGACGAGUCACCUUUCAGGUCCUAGUGACUGAGUAAAGCGGUAGCUUUUGUGGAAGCUUAAGAAGAACUUGCACUACAUUUCUCCCUGUUGUCCCUGUUCUCCUCCAAAGCUCUCCCGCUGGUCCCCAGCAGGACUAGGUCCCGAUUUAACUCUCUAUAGACCAGGCAUGACUGAUUGAUUUCCGUUAAUGUCCCAUUCGAAAUGUCUCAGCAGGUUCCCAGAUUAGUCUCUCGCCUAAGUCCUCCUCCUACCGAAGACAGGGCGAACGCUUAAAAUUAAAUCGUAUUUCACCCUGGGCUUUGCAUUCCUUAGAUGUUUUGAAUUCUUGAACAUAAAUGCAUUGUACCUUAAACGGGAUUUUUGUUUACAAUGUGCUUGAUAAGAUAGGGUUUAGUCACUCUUUGAUGGUUGUUUUUGUGGUUGUGUUGCUAUCUGUGAAUAUAUUUAAUGAUCGUAAUGUCAAACUACUGUAAGAUUGAAGUGGCAUUUUUGCAAUAAGAAAAGAAACCAAAUUUGUAACGUAAAUGAUUUUAUGUACCUCUGCGUGAACUGGUAAACAUGCAGAUGCCUUAAGAACCAUUUAACAUCUUGGAACAAAUGCUAUUUUGACAAAUAAAAUGAAAACUA